AUGUCGCAGUUUUUCGAGAACCUCUGGAAUUCCAUCUUCACCCCGGGCCCCACUCCCACGCUACUUGUCGCCACCAACGCCAGCUUCGCCGCCCUGCAGCUCGUCCUGUUCACCCUCCUACUAGCCACCUACAGCAUCCACUUUGUCGUCCUGUCCUUCCUUUGCGGCGGUCUGUGGUGGGCCAUCAACUGGUUCGCAAGCGAGCUGCGUCAGGCGCAGGAGAAGGAGGAGGCUGCGAGGAAGAUCCGAGAGCGACGCGACCGCGACCGCGAGAAGAGCAGAGAAGCCGACGACCUGGCCAGUGCGCGCGAGCCCGCCGUUGGCAGGGAGGGCGGCGAGGGCGAAGGCAUGGAUACCGGGGACGACACCGAGACUGAGACCGAGACCGAAGUCGACACCAAGAAGAACGCCAAAAGGGCACCCGCCGUCGCAACGACAACCGAGCCCGACGCUCGGCCUGCGGCCAGCUCGGCGACGGGCGCGCAGGCGACCCUCGCGCCGGCGGCGGACGACACGUUGAAGAAGCGGCGGAGCGUCGGCGAGGGGACGGAGAGCAGCACCGACAGCGAGUGGGAGAAGAUUGAGCAGGAGAGAUAG